GCCCGGGCUGGCCUCGACAAGGCCGCUCGCUGUGCUUCUUAAUGCGGGAGUGGGACAAUGCGAUCAUGAACCGGCGCACCUAGCCUGAGAUCCUCCCUUCCUCCAAUCAGAUGGGCCCUGUCCUUUUUUCAUGACAGCCUGCGGUUCGGACGUCAAGCACAUCUCUCUCCAAUUUGUCAAUCCGUUGCCGCCGACCUCUUAUUGUCUUCUUGUGAACUUGGUUCACCCUCUCCCCCCUCUUCCCGGCGCGUGCAGGAUAUCUUUGUUCUGUUCGGACCUUUUUACCCGAGCAUUUCCCCAGCUUCUUCUGUCUUCUCAUUUCAUAGUUACGUGAGCCGGCCUCGCAGUUAUCAGGCGGUCUUCACCUGCUUUCUUACUUUCUGGAGUCUCCCUCAGGCAUAUUGACCUGAUCAUCGCGGAUCGAGCGCCUAGCCAAACUUCUCACCCCAAGAAAGCCUGUCUCCUUCUCAGCGGUUAACAAAAGUUGUAUUCCUGACUUGCAAAUACAGUGAUUCAUUGUUGCUCUUUUAUGAUUCUGGGAGCUGGUUCUCUUAGAAAGCAAGCGGCGCUAGAACUACCUACCAGCCAGCAAAGCCAACAACUCCUCUGCAAAGAUAUACCCUUCUUGCCAUGUCGAACUCACAUCUCGGCGGCGACGUUUCCGAGGAUUCGUUUGAACCGGUGUCACCAAUUGAUAUCGUCCAGCCAAAGCGGAAGUCCGUCGGUUUCGGUCCCGCAAAGACUAUAGACAUCCAAGACACGCAUUCGUCUCGGGGAACCCCAAGCCCGCCAAGUUUAAACUCUCCGCGCACACCUAGGUUUACUGAAGCUACUUCUGUGGAUUCUCCCGUCGGGUCAUCAUCUCGAUCACCAUUUGCGGACCCACCAACUGGGGGGGAAUCAAGCUCCGAGCCCAACGUCUCUGACCUGGGGUUUGGUUACGUCGCUGACAACAGGCCUUCCAACCAUGCUUCCGGCCCUGGUGCAGGCCUCAGGUCCAAUCCUCCAAAUUCUCCUCUAAAAAGCGCUCUAAAGACCCCGGGAACACCGGGUCGUCUCGUAAAUCCGCUUAGUCCCACUUUCAAGGAGGAACAGAUUUUAGAGUACCAUGAAAAGGAAACGGAAGAGGAGAAUGCCAAAGAUAUUAAAGUAAAAACCCGGGUCAGAAUAGCAAAAUUCCUGCUUCGUGGUGUCAACUUUUCGUGCAGCUUGAUUAUUCUAGCAUUGCUAGCCCACAGCUUCGUCAUCUUCAACUCCACAAGGAAUCUUGCGUCCAGGAACAGCUUUACGCCCUGGGCCCCGAAUACGAACCCUUGGCCUCAGAUUGUCAUCCUCGUUAUCGCGUCUAUUUCUCUCUUCUUAUGUGUAGGAGUUUUUAUAGCCUACUGUCGCGGUGGCCAUCGUCGAGCUGAAAAGAUAGGCGUAUAUUAUACUGUAUUUGGAGCCUGCUUUUUCGCCUUUACCAUCGUUAUGUGGGUUGUGGCCGCAGCCAUCCUGCAGAAUAGCAAGCAAAGCGGCAAUGACAAGGAUUUGUGGGGUUGGGCCUGUAAAGAGAAUCUUCGAAGUGAACUUUAUUCGGAUAUCGUUGACUAUGCACUUGUGUGUCGCCUACAGGAUUGGGUACUGGUAUGCAUUGUCAUUGAAGUUGUCGUUGACACGAUUACCGUUGCGAUUUAUGCGGUUGUCUUCUAUCGUUUCUGGACCAAACAUAAGCUACGAAAGUCUAUGUAUGCGCGAGACAAGGCUCGGUCUGACCUCUACCUUGCAAAUCUUCGCUCUCAGACAGCUCCAAACACACCGGGCUAUCCUCUCAGUCCUGGCUCAAUGCACUUCCCCAAAGCCACAAUCGACGCUUACUCUGCGGCGGAAAACGGAGAGCAAUGUAAACCUCAGUUCGCAACCCAAUUCACGCCUACUUCAAAUCAACCGUUCCAGCUCCAACCUCCUCCAAUCCGUGUGCAGGCGCCUACGCGUGAGAGUUCCCCAACUGAUGGCGAACCCCCGACGUCCCCCGGACUCGUCCAGAUCGUGAAUGAGCAUGUGGGCCCCGCACCGGGAGAAAAACAAUAUGGUUCUGUACCAAUUCCGGAAUCAUAUUCGAGCCCCAUUAACAGUCCAACUUUCAUGCCCCAGUCCUCAACGCAGCAGAUCCAAAGAGGCCAAGAAAAUGACGAACACAAACCAGGGACUGCCAUGACGGCAGAACACGCUGUACAGUCUCGAAGCCAAUAGUUAUGUUCAUUGAUUAAGAUACCAGAACCCCGCUUGCAUGAUAUCCCCAUUGAUUCCUUGAUUGCGUCGAGCAAAGACAAACAUUCGUUUCCGAUUGGACGAUUGGAAGCUUUUCGGCACAUCUGUGACACUGACCUACUUUUCCCUAAUUUUACUUUUGGCUAGGCUUCUCCCCCCCAGUUAUAUACCAAUUCUAUCUAUUGUACUUAAUUUCUUACAAUUUCUUUCAUAUUUUGUGGCUCAUAGUUGUUGAUGUAUGUUAAUGAUAUGCG